AUGCCCUACAAGAAGCUUUUGCAAACACUCCAACGGGAUGGUAUCCUUCCUAAGUGGAAAGGCCAAGUAUGUCCUCGUUGUGGCAUGGGAAAGCUGAGCAAGUUGAAGUUCGUCAAAUCCCGCAAAACAUGGAUGCAUCAAUGCUCAUCUCGCGGAUGUAAGAAGUAUCUUCAGCCAGACGAUUUCCAUCCGAUCUUCUUUCGAGGUUCAAGCUCAUCGGUGACACCUCUCCAUGUCCAGGUUUGCAUCUUCUAUGCUGCGCUCGCAGGGGUUUCGGUGAACUCCGCCCACCUGAUUUUGAACACAGACCACAAAGCAGUAGAACGAGUGUACAGCAACUUGGAUGCCGCAAGAGCCCGAUAUGUGGAGCAUAAGGAGAAGUCCAUUACCUACGGCAGUGCAUCGGGUGAUCUUUGGAGGGAUGUUGAGGCUGACGAGGUGGAUGUAGGGAAGGCCCUCGAGGAGGACAGUGAUCAGAAGCCCAAGCUCCGUUGGGAGCAAUGGUGUGGGACGGUGGAGCGGGGGCGACCGUCGUCAUUGCGGUUGUUUCGGUUGGAGCCGCCUUUGACAGCACCUCGCGCACCCGGACCCGGACCAAUUCGCAAACGGGAUUGGAGUGACAUCGGCAAUAAGCUUCUUCGUGAUCGGCAUGUGGUUUUGCAUACAGAUGGCGCUCGUGCUUACAAACUUCGCAUCCCCGGUGUCAUGCACUGCAAUGUCGUUCACAAGAAAAAACGAAUCAUUAUCAACAAGAAGGCCGUUUGGGUGAAGCCCCACUUCACCAAGGUGUACAAGUUGAAGAUGCCGAACAAGAAAACAUUGAAAGUGAAGUCAGGGACGCAAAUCAUCGACAGGUUUUGGGGUCACUUGCGGGCACAUGUAAAAUACACGCAACGCAAGCCUGGCAAUGUGAUUCUUCGACGGAAGAUUAGAGCAGCUCAGUUUACGUAUUGGACGAAAGGCCAGAAUGCCUGGAAGGCUGCGGGCAAUAUGCUGCAGUACUUGUUUGAACUGUAG